AUUAAAAAGUUCUGAGAUGUCACCGUGCAGCUUAGGAGGGAGUUUACCAAGAGUAAAGUCAUCUCCGGGAGGCCCUCAAGGCUGAUCCUUCUCCUUUGCUUCUCACAGGGCAUGCAAAAACCCUCAGAGGCAGCGCGUCGCUGCUCCAGCCUGUGCCGUCGAUUGCUCACAAUCACCUUCGCCCUGCUCAUCCUGGGCCUCAUGACCUGGGCCUACUCCACGGGAGUACCUCUGGCAUCUGAUCGAUAUGGCCUCCUUGCCUUUGGCCUCUAUGGGGCGUUCCUCAGUGCGCACUUGGUGGCACAGAGCCUCUUUGCUUACCUGGAGCACCGGAGGGUGGCGGCUGCUGCGCAGCGAGCCAAGGCGAAAGGACCACUGGACACGGCCACAGCACGUAGCGUGGCGCUCACCAUCUCCGCCUACCAGGAGGACCCCGCGUACCUGCGCCAGUGCUUGACAUCGGCACGUUCCCUGCUGUACCCGCGCGCGCGGCUGCGUGUCCUUAUGGUGGUGGACGGCAACCGUGCAGAGGAUCUGUACAUGGUGGACAUGUUCCGAGAAGUUUUCGCGGAGGAGAACCCUGCAACCUAUGUGUGGGACGGCAACUACCACCAGCCCUGGGAGCCCGCAAGCACAGUGGGUGAGGGUUCCUACCGCGAGGUGGAAGCAGAGGACCCCGGGCGGCUGGUGGUGGAAGCACUGGUGAGGACGAACAGGUGCGUCUGCGUGGCGCAGCGCUGGGGCGGCAAGCGCGAGGUCAUGUACACAGCAUUCAAAGCACUAGGAGACUCCGUGGAUUACGUACAGGUCUGUGACUCAGACACAAGACUAGACCCCAUGGCACUGCUGGAGCUUGUGCAGGUGCUGGAUGAGGACCCCCGGGUGGGGGCUGUUGGAGGAGACGUGAGGAUCCUGAACCCUCUGGACUCCUGGGUCAGCUUCCUGAGCAGCCUGCGAUACUGGGUAGCCUUCAACGUGGAGCGAGCUUGUCAGAGCUACUUCCACUGCGUGUCCUGCAUCAGUGGUCCUCUGGGCCUAUACAGGAACAAUCUCCUGCAGCAGUUCCUGGAGGCCUGGUACAACCAGAAGUUCCUGGGCACCCACUGCACUUUUGGGGAUGACAGGCACCUCACCAACCGCAUGCUCAGCAUGGGCUAUGCUACCAAGUAA